AUGUCCGAGGUGUCAUCACUUACGCAAAAUGAAACUCAACAGAUGAUCCCUACAAGGAAUCAUAGGAGUCCCUCACAUGCAACCCUUUUCGCUCCUCGACCCAAAGAAACCACCUCGAUCUCGCCCGAACAAGCUUUAGCACAUAUGAUCAAGGUAAUGAUGGGCACGGGAAUGCUCUCGUUGCCGAUCGCUUUCAAGCACUCGGGUCUCUACCUCGGCAUGAUUCUACUCACUUUCAUUUGUCUCAUUUGUAUCUACUGCACUCGGCAACUUGUUUUAGCUCAACAUUAUCUAUCUUAUUUAAAAGGUCAAACGAAAAUGGAUUAUGCGAAUGUGAUGCGAAGUGCUGUUGAAAUCGGGCCACCGUCUGUCAGAAAUUGGGGAUAUUUUGCCAAACAAUGCGUGAAUGUGAACAUGUUCGUCGCGCAGCUCGGUUUCUGCUGUGUUUACUUUGUUUUCAUGGCCGACAAUCUGAAACAGUUUUUCGAUCAAACCUCAUCGAUUCAUAUCUCCCAAGCCGGUUGGAUUGGUCUUUUGCUUAUCCCGAUUCUCGCUUUAUGCACGAUUCGAGAAUUGAAAGCUCUUGCUCCAUUGGCCGCCAUUGCGAAUGUCUUGUAUUUGUGUGCGGUGACGAUUGUUCUCUAUCAAAUUGUGCAAGUAGAAAGAGCUACAUGGGAAGUGCCAGCUUUCGGCUCUCUUUCAACUCUGCCGCUUUUCUUUGGUACAGUCAUGUUCGCCUUUGAGGGAGUUGCGGUGGUGCUCCCAAUCGAGAACCAAAUGGACGAGCCGGCUCAUUUCAUCUCGUCAAACGGCGUCCUCAACACCUCAUGCUUUUUAGUUCUCAUCCUCUACUCUGGAGUCGGAUUUUUUGGCUAUUUAAAAUACGGAGAUGCUGUCAUGGACACAAUUACUUUGAAUUUACCUCAAUCAAGCUUUUAUCAAGUAAUCAAAGUAAUGUUUGUGUGUUGUAUUCUUGUUUCGUAUCCACUUCAAUUCUAUGUUCCCAUGGAACGUGUCGAGAAAUGGGUGAAGAGAAAGGUUCAAGAGGAUAAACAAGAGAAACUCAUCUAUGGAAUUCGCUUUAUCACUGUUGUUUUUACUUGCAUAAUGGCUCAACUAAUUCCCCAUUUGGCUCUAUUCAUCUCACUCGUUGGCUCUGUGGCGGGAACCUCGCUAACUCUGGUUUUCCCACCGCUUAUCGAAAUCCUUUGUUAUUACUCAAAGGGUGGAUUGACUCCAUGGAUUUGGGCGAGAAAUAUCGCCAUCAUGCUCUUCUCGAUUGUCGGCUUUACGACAGGCACUUAUGCAAGCAUCGUGCAAAUCAUUGAAGCUUUCGGAAAAAGCGUUCGGCCGACGAUGGCCACCGCUGAACACGAGAAUCCUAAAGAAUAUGGAGUGGAGGACUUGGUGCUUCUCUCGAAAAUCGAUCUUCCACAUAUUGUAGGAAAUAUUGAGAAACGGUUUACCAAGUCACGAAUCUACACAUACAUUGGCGAAGUGUUGAUCGCAGUCAAUCCAUAUAGACAGCUGAACAUCUAUGAUCGGGACAGCAUUGAAAAGUAUCGAGGUCGGGAGAUUUAUGAGCGUCCACCGCACGCGUUCGCCAUUGCCGAUGCAGCCUAUCGAAGUAUGAAAAGAUUUGGACGAGACUCAUGCAUUGUGAUUUCUGGAGAAUCCGGAGCUGGGAAAACAGAGACUAGCAAAAUCAUCAUGCGCUACUUGGCCGCCAUCACUAAUCAAGGACAACAAAAGGAAAUUGAAAGAGUGAAGAACAUUUUGCUGCGCUCGAAUUGCAUCCUCGAGUCACUAGGGUGCGCGAAAACGAAUCGAAACGACAAUUCAUCAAGAUUCGGUAAAUACAUGCAUAUAAAUUUCAAUUAUGGCGGUGAUCCAGUUGGUGGUCACAUCAGCAACUAUCUUCUUGAAAAGUCGCGUGUCGUUCGACAACAAAAAGGCGAGCGAAAUUUUCAUGUUUUUUACAAUAUGCUCAAGGGACUUGAAGAUGGAACUUUAAGACAAUUACAACUACAACGAGAUCCAAAAAGAUAUUUUUAUUUGAAUCAAGGAAAUUCAGAUAAAGUGAAUGCGAUCGAUGAUGCGAAAGAUAUGAAAGAAGUGCAAGCGGCUCUCAAAAGCAUUCAUACUUUUGAAAAUAAACAAAUCGAUCAACUUUGGCAUAUUCUGGGCGCAAUUCUUCACCUCGGUAAUAUCGAUUUCGCGCCAGCUGAAGGAAACGCAGGCGGUUGUGUGCCAAAAGAUCGGGCAAGCCUUCGAGCGGCGGCUGAUUGUUUGAGUGUGGCUGAAAAAGACUUGGCGGCGGCUCUUUGUAGUCAAAUCGUUGCAGCUCAUGGAGAUAUUGUGACAAAGAAUCACGAUGUGAAUGGAGCUCUUUAUACGAGAGAUGCUCUGGCUAAGGCAAUUUAUGAAAGACUCUUUGCUUUUGUCGUUAAACGAGUAAACGAAGCGGUGAAAGUCGAUCAAUCUUCACGAUAUGCAAAAGGGACUGUGAUCGGUGUGUUGGAUAUUUAUGGCUUUGAGAUCUUUGGAACUAAUAGUUUCGAGCAACUCUGCAUCAACUAUUGCAAUGAGAAAUUGCAACAACUUUUCAUCGAGCUCGUUUUGAAACAAGAACAAGAAGAAUAUGAAAGAGAAGGAAUCAAAUGGCAAAAGAUUGACUACUUCAACAAUAAAAUCAUUUGCGAUUUGGUGGAAAUCCCGAGAACAGGCAUUUUGUCAGUGCUGGAUGACGCGUGCGCAAGUGUUGGAAAUGUUACGGACAAGGUUUUUCUACAAGAAAUGGAUAAGAAACUUGGCUCUCACAAGCAUUACACGAGUCGUGGCCUUAAACAAAGCGAUAAAAGCGUUGGUUUUGACGAGUUUAGAAUCACUCAUUACGCCGGUGAUGUCACGUACAGUGUUGAAGGAUUUAUGGACAAAAAUCGGGACACUCUUUUCCAAGAUUUGAAACGACUUGGUUACCACAGUAAAAAUCCAUUGCUCAUUUCAUUGUUCCCGGAUGGAGCGAAAUCACUUUCAGAAGUGAAUCGACGACCACCAACCGCUGGUUUCCUCUUUAAAAACAGCAUGACUGACCUUGUGACUCAAUUGGCAUCGAAAGAACCUUACUACAUUCGGUGCAUAAAGCCGAAUGAAGAGAAAAGCUCGAGUCAUUUCGAUCGAGAACGAGUCGAGCAUCAGGUGAGAUAUCUCGGUCUUCUCGAGAAUGUGAGAGUUCGUCGAGCUGGCUUCGCUUACCGAAUGGCUUAUGAACGUUUUUUGCAAAGAUACAAGCUUUUGUGUCCAGCCACUUGGCCAAACCCUCGUCGUGGCAGUGCUCGGGAAAACGUGAUUCGUAUCCUUAAACACAUCAAUUUGGACACAGAUUGUGUUGAAGGAAGAACGAAAAUCUUUAUCCGAUCCCCGCAAACCGUUUUCACGCUGGAAGAGCUGCGAAGCGAAAAAUUGCCCUAUGUUGUCACAUAUUUGCAAAAGAUGGUACGCGGUUGGCAAGCCCGAGAGCGGUACAAGAAGAUGAAAGCCGUCAGUUUGAUCAUGGCCACCUAUCGGCGAUACAAAUUGCGCACAUAUAUCCUUCGGGUCAUCGAAUCUUUUAGGGGCGUUCGUCAAAUGCCUGACUUGGGGAAAUCAGUUCGAUGGCCGAAAUCGCCGGCAGUACUUGGCCAAUUUAUGAAGCGCCUUCAAGCCAUGCAUCUGCGCUGGCGAGCUGCGACGAUUCUCGCACGAAUGCCUCCACAUCUUAGAGAAUCUUUGCCUCAAAAGUUGGCUGCUUUCGAGGCUCUUAACGCGCAACGCCAUUCUUGGGGAUAUUCGAGAAGUUGGAGAGGAGAUUAUCUAUCUUAUCAAGAUGAAGUCGACAAUAUGGACAGUAGCAAUUAUAAACAAGCUGUUGAUGCCCUAAAACCAGUGCAUCCGUUCGGGAAAGUUCUCUUCUCUGCAUAUAUUCAGAAAUUCAAUCGUUUCAACAAGUCAUCGACAAGAGUUUUACUGAAUGGAAAACAAGAGGAUCGAGUGGGCGAACUCGUCGGCACAUUAUUGUCUCACUAUGAUAAAUUGGAUAUGAGACGUCCAAUGGUUUUGGUGGCUCAAACGCCAAGCUGUCAACUCGGCAGCAAGAGCAAAACCGUUCGCGUCACAAACGAUCCCACCCAACCCACCAUGUUUAAGAAAUCUGGGAACGACAUUGAGCUGUUUUGUCAAGCGGCUGCU